AUGGACGUCUCAGACGAAGAGUAUCUGUCUCCACAGAAGGAAAAUGAGGGUAUGGCAAAGAGAACGCGAUCCAGCGGAGUCCAGCCCAGGUCUGGAACCGUUAGCGACUUGAAAGGAGCUAAUGGAUAUUCUUGGGAAGACGAGUAUCAGCGUUCAUGGGAUAUUGUAAAAGAUGAUGAGUCCGGUGGCCGUUCUCUAGAGACAAUUGUAAGGACUAUCAUAGAGAACCGUAAGAAAAAAAUCAUGAAGAAUCCGACUACUCCAUUUCAAAGAGGCAUUAUAAGGACCUUGAUUGUCAUAAUUGAUGGCUCAGCUACGAUGCUGGAAAAGGACUUAAGGCCGAGCCGAUUUUCGAUGACUUUACAGCUUUUGCAGGAUUUUGUAGUUGAGUUUUUUGACCAGAAUCCAAUCUCUCAAUUGGGUAUAAUUUUGAUGCGAAACGGUGUCUCUAAUCUUGUCAGUGAAGUCAGUGGUCUGCCCCAGUAUCAUAUCGAUAAGAUACGACAAUUGAAAUCGAGACAGCACAACCGUUACGAACCAAAAGGUGACCCUUCUCUCCAGAACUCGUUAGAGAUGGCUCGUUCCUUGCUUAAAUUCAACUUCGGCAAUAAUGCCAACGAUACCAAAAACUCGAAAGAAGUGCUCCUUAUCUUUGGAGCUUUGUUCACGAGUGAUCCUGGUGAUAUACAUAAAACCAUAGACAAUCUUGUUAAGGACGAGAUAAAGGUCAAAAUCAUAGGGCUAUCUGCACAGGUAGCUAUCUGCCAGGACUUGGUGAAUAGAACAAACCAUCAGCAAAAGAAUAUUAGCUCCAAAAAUUAUGGUGUCAUAAUGAACGAAUCGCAUUUCAAGGAGUUGUUCAUGGACUGUGUGACUCCGUUGCCCAUAACCACUUCACAAGUAAACGAGAACGCUGAAGCCAACAAAGGUGUUCCUAUCAUAAAGAUGGGAUUCCCCACGAAAAUACAGCCUGUUCUAACUUCUACGCUUGCCAGUAACGAAUAUACUAUUGAGUUCCCGCAACUAAGUGCUUCUGAUCCCACACAUGGACUCGAUGAUAACCAAGUAGUGGAAAUCAACAAUGGAACAGACUCUUCGAUCCAGGCUACUAACGUCAUUGGCUACCAAUGUCCGCAGUGUAAAAGUAAAGUCUGUAAUUUACCAACUGUGUGCCCUGUCUGCGGACUCAUGUUGAUUCUUUCGACGCAUUUGGCAAGAUCCUACCAUCAUUUGGUACCACUAGUCCCUUUCAAGGAAGUUCCAGUCAGUUCAAAGUAUAAUAGCAAGCAUUGCUUUGGCUGUCUACUUAAGUUUCCGAAGGGAGUGAGCAAUACUAAAUCCAAAAGCUCGUUAGAGAAUAUGACCAGUUCUCGUUACAGAUGUAUGAAGUGUAGCCAUGAUUUCUGUAUAGACUGUGAUGUAUUCAUCCAUGAAACUUUGCACAACUGUCCUGGAUGUGAGAACAAGUAG